AUAUAAGACAGACGACGUCCUAUCACAAAGCGCAGUGUUAGAUUACCACCUCGACGUCAACAACGAGCAUCGUGUUAUUGGCGAAGUCUACGGUGCCGCUACAUUCAGUGACCUAUCGGAUACACGAAUCAAUACCACCGCUCGAAUUUCCAUAGUACCGUUCCGCGACUCGCGAGAAAUCCGAAUAUUCGCCAUGGAUACCAUGUGGACUACCGAUCACGAGAAUUCGGCCGGUCUCGGGGUCGCCAAGACCGGGACGAACUUCGCAAACGAUAUCCCGAAAAUGUCCAAGUACACGCUGGCGGACACGGAGGCGAAAACCUACAGCAUGGAUUAUCACAUUCAAGUCGUCACGAAAGACGACAAGCUUAGGAUACUGAAGUUCCUCAGGCGGUUCUUCUUCAGGGACGAACCGCUUAAUCACUCGAUCCAGCUGAUACCGGAGAGCGAGGACAGCACCUGCCUCGAGUUGGAGGAGUAUUGCAGUUCGUCCUCGAUGGAAAACAAUCUCAGUUUGAUGGCGGUCUCGACCAACGGCGCCAUAGUAGGCGUUACGUUGAACGGGAAAAUGGAGCCGUCGAACGACGACGAACCGGAGUACAUAGAGGCCUGCAAGAACCCAAAAUUUAAGAAGAUCCUGAGGCUACUGAAUUACGUGGACAGGAACGUGAACCGGGACGGACAGUACCGGGGGUUGAACACCCUCGAGAUCAGGAUAAUCUCCGUGGACACCAACUGGAGGGGUAAAGGAAUCGCGAAAGCUCUUCUGGAAAAGACGAUGGAGAUCGGGAGAGAGAAAGGAUUUCACAUUGUUCGAGCUGAUUGUUCCUCUUUCUUCUCCGGAAAACUAUGCGCCGGUCUUGGAUUCGAAGCGAUUUACAAACUACCUUAUGCGGAAUACGUUGACGAGGACGGGAAACCUGUAUUCUCACCAAUGCUGCCGCACGCGGCGAUUGUUACGUAUAUUAAGAAACUGUAAAGGAUGGCACGAUCGGUUUUUUAUCGCCGGGUACCUGUUGAAAAUGUCCAAAAUGACUUCGAGAAACGCACUCCUAAAACACACAUAUACGUUUUUCGAUGACUAUUCAGAUGCGUUCUUUCUUUCAGCCUUUUUUAAGGUUUCAUUUAUUUAUUUAUUACUUUUGUACGGAACCAUUUAGCGAUCGGAUGUACUACUCGUAACGUUGUAUCUUUCACUGUUGGAGAUUGUGGAAGUAUCGAUGAGUUACUACAGUUUUUUUUUGGAUGUAUGCACAUAUUUGAAGCGAUUUGCUCUCGUACGAGUAAUUUUUUAACGCCGUCACUAUUGUCCAGUGAUGCGCAUAACUGUGCUCUUUAUGAGAGGAGUCAAAUGCAGUUCAUAUUUUAGAUAUAGCGAUAUGUGGUUUUUGUGAAUUAUCAUAAGCGAAUUAUUACUAUUCCUGUCAAUGUUGAGAAAUUACAAAGUUUACACAACACAAAAUGUAUAGACUUAUGUGCAAUGAACAUUACUGGAAACUUUUUCUGUUUUAUUCAAAAUAAAUGGAACUCCAAAUUA